AUGCAAUCUUUAGGGGUUUCUGGAAAUAGAAAGGUCAUGCAGUCUGGAACCUGUGAGCCUUUUCAAUCUCUAAGUCAUCAGAGAAAUGAUGAAGAGGCAGUUGUGGAUAGAGGUGGAACUCGUUCUAUUCUCAAAACACACUUUGAGAAAGAAGAUUUAGAAGGUCAUCGGACACUAUUUAUUGGAGUUCAUGUGCCCCUGGGAGGAAGAAAAAGCCAUCGACGUCACAGGCAUCGUGGCCAUAAACACAGAAAGAGAGACAGAGAGAGAGAUUCGGGAUUAGAGGAUGGAAGGGAGUCACCUUCCUUUGACACGCCAUCACAACGAGUGCAGUUUAUUCUUGGAACUGAGGAUGAUGAUGAGGAACACAUUCCUCAUGACCUUUUCACAGAACUGGAUGAGAUUUGCUGGCGUGAAGGUGAGGAUGCUGAAUGGCGAGAAACAGCCAGGUGGCUGAAGUUUGAAGAAGAUGUGGAAGACGGAGGAGAAAGAUGGAGCAAGCCUUAUGUGGCCACUCUGUCGUUGCACAGCUUGUUUGAGCUGAGAAGUUGUAUUCUGAAUGGAACUGUGUUACUGGACAUGCAUGCCAACACUUUAGAAGAAAUUGCAGACAUGGUCCUUGACCAACAAGUAAGCUCAGGUCAGCUCAAUGAAGACAUACGUCACAGGGUCCAUGAGGCACUGAUGAAACAGCAUCACCACCAGAAUCAGAAAAAACUCACCAACAGAAUUCCCAUUGUUCGUUCCUUUGCUGAUAUUGGCAAGAAACAAUCAGAACCCAAUUCCAUGGAUAAAAAUGCAGGUCAGGUUGUUUCUCCUCAGUCUGCUCCAGCCUGUGUUGAAAAUAAAAAUGAUGUGAGCAGAGAAAACAGCACUGUUGACUUUAGCAAGGGACUGGGAGGCCAACAAAAGGGGCAUACUAGUCCCUGUGGGAUGAAACAAAGGCAUGAAAAAGGACCUCCACACCAGCAAGAGAGAGAGGUUGAUCUGCAUUUUAUGAAAAAGAUUCCUCCAGGUGCUGAAGCUUCAAACAUCUUAGUUGGGGAAUUGGAAUUCUUGGAUCGAACUGUGGUUGCGUUUGUGAGGUUGUCUCCUGCUGUAUUGCUUCAAGGCCUGGCUGAAGUCCCAAUUCCAACCAGAUUUUUGUUCAUUCUUCUGGGACCCCUGGGAAAGGGUCAACAGUACCAUGAGAUUGGCAGAUCAAUUGCAACCCUAAUGACAGAUGAGGUAUUUCAUGAUGUUGCUUACAAAGCUAAAGAUCGCAAUGACUUGGUAUCAGGAAUCGAUGAAUUUCUAGAUCAGGUUACUGUUCUUCCUCCUGGCGAAUGGGAUCCAAGCAUUCGUAUAGAGCCUCCCAAAAAUGUUCCUUCCCAGGAGAAGAGGAAGAUUCCUGCUGUACCAAAUGGAACAGCCGCUCAUGGGGAAGCAGAGCCCCACGGAGGACACAGUGGACCUGAACUCCAGCGAACUGGAAGGAUUUUUGGGGGACUUAUUUUAGAUAUCAAAAGAAAAGCUCCAUACUUCUGGAGUGACUUCAGAGAUGCUUUCAGCCUGCAGUGCUUAGCAUCUUUUCUAUUUCUCUACUGCGCGUGUAUGUCUCCAGUCAUCACAUUUGGAGGACUGCUGGGAGAAGCAACGGAAGGUCGUAUAAGUGCAAUAGAAUCUCUCUUUGGAGCAUCUAUGACUGGGAUAGCCUAUUCCCUCUUUGGUGGACAGCCUCUUACCAUAUUGGGCAGUACAGGACCAGUUUUGGUGUUUGAAAAGAUUUUGUUUAAAUUUUGCAAAGAAUAUGGGCUGUCGUACCUGUCUUUAAGAGCUAGUAUUGGACUUUGGACGGCAACCCUUUGUAUCAUACUUGUGGCGACCGAUGCAAGCUCCCUCGUCUGCUACAUCACCCGGUUCACCGAAGAAGCUUUCGCUUCUCUUAUUUGCAUCAUCUUCAUCUAUGAGGCCCUAGAGAAGUUGUUUGAACUCAGUGAAGCAUAUCCAAUCAACAUGCAUAAUGAUUUGGAACUGCUGACCCAAUACUCGUGUAACUGUGUAGAACCGCAUAAUCCUAGCAAUGAUACAUUGAAGGAAUGGAGGGAGUCCAAUAUUUCUGCUUCUGACAUAAUUUGGGAGAACCUAACUGUGUCGGAAUGCAAAUCGUUGCAUGGAGAAUAUGUUGGACGAGCCUGUGGCCAUGAUCACCCAUAUGUCCCAGAUGUUCUGUUUUGGUCAGUGAUCCUGUUCUUUUCCACAGUUACUCUGUCAGCCACCCUGAAGCAGUUCAAGACCAGCCGCUAUUUUCCAACCAAGGUUCGAUCCAUAGUGAGUGACUUUGCUGUCUUUCUUACAAUUCUGUGUAUGGUUUUAAUUGACUAUGCCAUUGGGAUUCCAUCUCCAAAACUACAAGUACCAAGUGUUUUCAAGCCUACCAGAGAUGAUCGUGGCUGGUUUGUUACACCUUUAGGUCCAAAUCCAUGGUGGACAGUAAUAGCUGCCAUCAUUCCAGCUUUGCUCUGCACUAUUCUAAUUUUUAUGGACCAACAGAUUACAGCUGUCAUCAUCAACAGAAAAGAGCAUAAGCUAAAGAAAGGUUGCGGGUACCAUCUGGAUCUAUUGAUGGUGGCUGUCAUGCUAGGGGUGUGCUCCAUCAUGGGCUUGCCGUGGUUUGUGGCUGCCACUGUCCUGUCCAUCACUCAUGUCAACAGCUUAAAACUGGAAUCAGAAUGUUCAGCUCCAGGAGAACAGCCCAAGUUUCUUGGCAUUCGGGAGCAAAGGGUUACUGGGCUUAUGAUUUUUAUUCUUAUGGGUUCAUCAGUCUUCAUGACCAGUAUUCUGAAGUUUAUUCCCAUGCCCGUGCUAUAUGGGGUGUUUCUUUAUAUGGGUGCUUCAUCUCUAAAGGGAAUUCAGUUCUUUGAUAGAAUAAAGCUCUUCUGGAUGCCUGCAAAACAUCAGCCAGAUUUUAUAUACCUAAGGCAUGUACCACUUCGAAAAGUCCAUCUCUUCACAGUUAUUCAGAUGAGUUGCCUUGGCCUUUUGUGGAUAAUAAAAGUUUCAAGAGCUGCUAUUGUCUUUCCCAUGAUGGUGUUAGCUCUGGUAUUUGUGAGAAAAUUGAUGGACUUUCUGUUUACAAAACGGGAACUCAGCUGGUUGGAUGAUUUAAUGCCCGAGAGUAAGAAAAAGAAACUAGAAGAUGCUGAAAAAGAAGAAGAACAAAGUAUGCUAGCUAUGGAAGAUGAGGGCACAGUACAGCUCCCAUUGGAAGGGCACUAUAGAGAUGAUCCAUCUGUGAUCAAUAUCUCCGAUGAAAUGUCAAAGACUGCCUUGUGGAGGAACCUUCUGAUGACUGCCGAUAACUCAAAAGAUAAGGAGUCAAGCUUUCCUUCUAAAAGCACUGAAAGCCGAAAAGAGAAGAAAGCGGACUCAGGGAAAGGUGUUGACAGGGAGACUUGUCUAUGACUUGAUCUUCAAUUUAUUUUUUACAUAUAUAUGAGAAGAGCACCACAAUUAUUAAUAAAACUGCUUUGAUCAUGUAUUGUAAAUUCUGUCUCUCAUCCCAAAUCCACCUUCACACUGUAAGUAGUGCAAUAAUUUGUUUCAUUUCUGUGUUUAAACUUCUGAACAGUGAGAUACCCUUGUGAGCAUAUACAAUAGCUAAUGCAAGAAUCUGUGUGCUCCUUGCUAUAUGUUAGACAUUUGUAAACACUGGAUUCUCAUCGUUGGUUUUAUGAGAGCAAUAGCUUUCUUAAAGAGAUGUCAUAUUUACCUAGUUUGUAUUUUCCUACUUUAGUGACCUGAAGCUAGCUGGUCAUUUCAUUCAGAAGAAUUUUGAAAGGUAGUCUUACUUCUUUUUAUUUUUUUAUAGCUUAGCAUUAGUGACUUCUUUCAGAAG